CGCACGCCAUCAGGUACCGUUUGUGUUUCGCGUGCUCAUGUUUCGCUUUUGACACCAGGUCGUGCGUUGUUUCGGGCUGGUCCUGCGAGCCUCGUGUGCGUGCGUGUGCGUGUUUGCCUGCGUGUGCCUGUGUGUGCGAGUGUGCGUGCGAACGCACGCACAAUGGCCAGGGUGCGUCCUACUUCUCCCUCUUUCCCCUUUUGUCUUCCUCUUCCCUUCCUUCGUCUGAUUGCCCUUCCCACUUCGCGCGGCUCCCCAAGCAAGUGAUUUUCAACUGCCACCUUCCCCUCCUCUCGAUGUUUUUCUCGUGUCUGUUGGAUGUGUUGACAUGCAAUCCUACGUGUGUGUCACGCACGGACUGCCUGUCGUCGACACGAGACUUUGAAGCCGCGCUGUCCUUGUUGAUUGCCUCCACCCUAUUGCGUCUUGCAUCCUUCGGCCGUUGCAUUUCUCUUCCCACCUGUUCUCUCGCCAUCUUUGUGUCCCUUGUAAUUGCGAGCGGCGCAUGUUCUCGCACUUGCGUGAUGACGCUGGCUUUUUGUGGCAGUGGCCCGUCUGUCAUCUGCGACCGUUACGGCUGCAGUGCAACGCGCAUGCGCAUGAUGCGCAUGAUGCGCCCGAACCGCUUCUAAACACACCGCUGCCAUUGCUCGUGCUUUGCGCUUUUGUCCUACUUCCUCCUUCUGCCGCGCCCGCGUCGCAUCUUUCCCAUGUCCUCUCCCCCACCCUCUGGUUUCUGCUGCGCGCUUUGCUUUCGUGUCGUGCUGCAGCCGACUGCACCCGCCUGCGUUUGGGGCUGCCGUGGGUGCGGUGUCGUGGUCGGUGUGGGUGGUUGCUUGCUGACUAUUUAUUAUCGCUGGCGGUGUCCUUUCUUCUUCCCUCGCUGCCUGGGUGCGGUCACUUGGUCGUUUACCACUCCACCCUCACCUGCCAGCACCCAAAUCAAGCAAGACCGCGGUGCGGUGGCUCUCCCUGCUCGCACCAUUGUUUCCAUGACUUCAUUUCCUCCAUUGCCAUCGACCUGUCCCCCUCCCCUCUUCGUUCCCCUUGCCACCAUUGUAUUACCACCUCGCACCUCCUGUUGCGAACCCCCCUCGCUCGCUGCGGGUCUUGUUCAUGUUGAUGUGGCUCGCAGCUAACACUCCUUCCAUUCAGCAUCCGCCGUAGUGUAUUGGGUGCUGGCUGUCCCACCACGCACACACCGUGCACAAGCGUCCUUUGCUUGCACGGCUCCCACAACAACCUCUUACCCCGUCCCCGUUCCCUUCUCCUCCUCCUUCCUUUUCUUUGCGUCUUCUUGACGCCUCCCUUGUCCCUGCCCUGUUCGCUGGGCUCGUGUGUCGACACCUGACCACCCUUCUUCCGCUCCUCCUUCCCCAUUCAUCCAUCCUACCUGCCUUUUUUUCCCUCCUUCAUCAUCACUCCCUGCGCAAUACGCACCCGCGCGCUCGCACGCCAUCUCAUAACCACCCCCCCCUCCCUCCGUGCUUGCCUCCUCUCCCUGGCCUCACAUCUCACGGCCAACUCACGGCCAACUCACGGCUGCUUGUGUGCUUGAUUGCUUGGUUGAUUGAUUGAUUGCCCACAACAACACCAACGACCGUCGCCAUGCAGCGCUACUUCUUCUCAUCGCUCCCGCUGAUUGUGCCCCAGCACCCAGCAACACCGCCCGCCUCCACCCCGGGCCUCUCCCCGCUCCGCUACACGCACCCAACUUACCAACACCACCCGCUGCCUUACCCCUAUCCCUACCAACAGAAGCCGCAGCAGCAGCAGCAGCAGCAGUACAAGUCCAAGUUUGUGUACUCGCCCCCGUUUCAGCUGCUCACCCCGCCCGCCCCAACAGCGACAGCAGCGCGAACACCGCAACUGUCGCCAAUGACGCCGCAACCGCCCGGGCCCGGAGCAGCGGUGCUGCACCCGCAGCCGCCAUCCCCCGCCACCCAAUACCAGGCAUACCCACACGUGCAACAACAACAACAGCAGCAGCAGCAGCAACAGCAACAGCGGCAACAGCAGCAGCGGGUGCCUGGUGGUGUCGGCAGUACUGAGGCUGUGUCACGUGGAUACCAACCCAAGGCGAGCCAGCCAAUGGCGAUGACAAUGGCGAUGGCGAUGAAUGGUGGGACGGCCACCAAGCAGCAUCAGGUGUGCAGCACAGCAGGCAUGGCCAACGGUCCGCUGUCAGCCACCAUGUCGCUCCCCGCCACGCCAGCAACACCACUGACCCCACAGGCGUCUGCAGCAGGCACGGUCACAACGACAACAACGACAACAACGACAGUAGCGGCGGCGGCCACUGACAGCGUGUCGCUGUCACGGGAGGCGUCUGAUGCUGCCGACGCAACCGUCCACACCAAGACCGCAACCAGUGGCUGCACGCGUGUCAACAGCAAGGACGGCGGCAAGAAGGACGUGUCGUCGCCCGCGUCUUUGGAAUCGCCGCUGGUGCGGUCGCGCGAGGGAAGUGCCAGCGACGGCAGCGCUGAUGACGAGGACGUGUCUGCAGGCGUCGACAGCCCAAGCAGUGCAGGCUCAGCCGCCACAACCACCAGCACAACCGCCACCACGAUGCAUGGCGGUGUUGAUGGUGUUGAUGGUGGCAGCCGGCGUGCGAGCGACCCGGCCAUCAGCCCCGGUGCCGCAGAGCCAGCAGCAGAUGGCAACAGCGCCACCGCUCCCCAGCACCAGCACCACCAGCAGGCAGCGGUUGUGUCGAGCAUAUCACCACCAGCAGCAGCCGCAACCAACGCCGUGGCGCUGAAGACCUGCAUUUCAAACACCAGCAACUCAAGCAACACGAGCAACUCGAGCAACUCAAGCAACACGAGCAACAGCGCUGGCGUGUCGACAGGACAUGGGUAUUCGUCGAUGGUGCCGGGCGGCCGGGCGUACCCGCUGCAGGCAGCGAACUCCAUGCCACCACAGCAGCAACAGCAACGGCAGCAGCCGACAAUGGGGACGCCAAUGAUGCAGCACGGGCAGUACAUGCACACAGCAAUGCAGCAGCAGCAGCGGCCAGCAAUGGCGGGCGUAAACCAGUACCAGGCUUGGGGCUAUGCAGUGUGGCAGUCGACACAACAGCACGGCGCUGCGCCCACCGGCACAAUGUCUGGCAGCAACAGCAACAGCGGCACCAGCAGCACCAGCAGCAGCGCAUAUCGCCCAAUGCCCAUGGCGGGAUACAGCGGCACUUCACCCGCGCCCCUGGCCCACACCUGGCAGCAGCAGCAGCAAGGCGGGGCUGACCUCACCCAGAGCAACGGCAGCGCGGUGAACAAAACAAAAAAGACAACAGCGACAGUGAGCGCUAGCACCAGCAACAAUGGUACUGGUACCGUUAAGGCUGAGCUGACGGCCGCUGUCAGCAGCACAAAGACGAGUGCCACACCGAAGAACACAACGACGACGCCAGCCCCAGUGAAGCAGGAGCCCGCAGCCAAUGCGAAAUCGUGGCGGCCACAGCCAAUCACAGCACCAUCGCCAGCAGCAGCGACGAUGGCGGUGAAGAAAGAGGCAAGGCAGCCAACGACUACAACGGCAACAGAGGCGCAAGUGGUGGCGUCACACGGGGAGCAGGGAGAGGCGGCACUCGCCAUGAUGUCCAUGAUCGAGAACAUGCAUGCCCAGGCACCCGCCACAGCCACGUCCACGUCCACGUCCACGGCGACAGCAGCAACGACGCCAACGUCAAGCGCCGUGAAGAGCAGCACCAGCAGCACCAGCGCGGCGGCGCCGCCACUCUACCAACAGCAGCAACGGCUUGUUUCAUCGUCGUCGUCGUCGUCGUCAUCGAUGCUGCCUGCGACAAGCAUGGCGGGGCAGACGCUGAGCGGCGUGUCUGUGAUGUCGCCGUACAGUCUGCAGAGCUACAACCCGCAGCAGUACCAGCAGCAGCAGGGCUACAUGCAGGGCCAGCACUCGCCCUACUAUGCCCAACCCAUGCAGCGGCAGCAGCAGCACCAGAAUGGCGGGCAUGGGCCACAGGGCACCAAGCUGUCAACAACGACACCAACCCCAGCUACCGCCACAGCGACUGCGACCACGCCUAUCGGUGUUGCCCCCGCCACCUCGACCAACGGCCGCGGCAGUGGUGCUGAUGGUGAUGGUGUGACGACUGGUGCCAUGAUGGCGCCAACAACGGCGAGCGGUGAAGGGCGGUUUGUGUGCAACGUGUGCAACCGCACGUUCUCGUGCUCGUCCAACCUGCACCGCCACCACCGCACACACACGGGGGAGCGGCCGUACGCGUGUGCGCACUGCGGGGAGCGGUUUGUGAACAGCAGCAACCGGAACAAGCACGAGCAGGCGCAUGCGGCGCGGGCGCUGCGGUCGCUCGGGCAGAAGGGCGGCAUCACAACAGAGCUGCAGCAGGCCGACCAGCUCGCCAUCGCCCGGCCGCGCUCCACCAAGCGACACCUCUGUGCUGACUGCGGCAAGACUUUCUCCUGCUCCUCCAACCUCCACAGGCACCGCCGCGUGCACACAGGGGAUAAGCCAUAUGCGUGCAAGUUUUGCGGGACGCACUUCUCCAACAGCAGCAACCGGCGCAAGCACGAGCGCUGCCACUGCAAGCUGCGGCCCACAGACGGCAGCAUGAACCUUUCGUAG